AUGCCUCCCCCACCUCAGAACAUCACCAUCCUAGGCGCCGGAAUAACAGGUCUCCAAACAGCCCUCACUCUGGCCACCGCCCCCUCACCCCCCUCAUCCAUAACCCUAAUCGCCCAAUACCUCCCCGGCAACACCCACCCAACCUACACCUCCCCCUGGGCAGGCGGCCAUUGGCGUUCACACGCCUCUUCCGCCCCCAAAGACGCACUCGCCCGCGCUUGGGACGCCAGGACAUACGCCGUCUGGCGGAACCUCCUCGCUUUCGGCGAUGGAACGCCGGGCACGGAAAAAGAGACGGUUGAGGAGAGAGAAAAGAGGAUUGGAUUGGGUGUACGAACGAGUUUCAACUACUGGGGCACCCACACACCCGAAACUGUUGCUCAAGGAGAAGGCCUCUGGUGGAGAGAUGUCGUCGACGGUUUCGAGGUGUUGAGUGAGGAGGAACUGGGAAAGGGGGUGGUAUUUGGGGUGAAGUACGAGAGUGUCUGUAUUAACGUGCCACGGUAUCUGGAGUACAUGUUUGAGCGUGUGAAGAGGUGCGGUGUAAGGGUUAUUAACACUACUUUUGAAACGGGCGCGGGAUUGCGGGGUGUGGUUGAUGAUGUUAAAGUUAUUUUGAAAAGAGAGGGACUGGAGAGUCCGGAUAUCAUCAUCAACGCCACAGGUCUCUCCGCCCGCCUAUUCGCCGACGAAGACGAACAGGCAAAUCUCACACCCAUCCGUGGCCAAACCGUCCUCGUAAAAGGGGAAGCGAAAGCAGCAAGAACGAUCACGCAUUUCGGUCUCGAAGACGAAGUCGCGUAUGUGAUUCCUAGGGUUGGGAGCGGGACGACGAUUUUGGGGGGGUGUAAACAGAGUGGGAAUUCUGAUGAGAUGGUUGAUGGGGCGUUGAGUGAGAGGAUUUUGCGGAGGAUUAGAGACUGGGGGAUGGCGGAUGAACUUUUGAGGUGGGAGGGAGGAGGGUUUGAGGUGCUGAGUGAGCAGGUGGGGUUUAGACCGGGACGGAGGGGAGGUGUGAGGUGUGAGGUUGAGGGAGGAGGGAGGGUGGGUGGUGUGUGGGUGGUUCAUUGUUAUGGACAUGCGGGUGCGGGAUUUCAAGCUAGUGUUGGGUGUGCGGAGGGGGUGCGGGAGAUUAUUAGAGGCGUGGGAGGUAGGGGGAAGGGGCGGGGAAGUAAGUUGUGA